GGAGGAAUCGGAGAGCACGGCCACAGACUCCCAGACGGAGGAGAGUGGCGAGCUUCCUGUCAUCCAACUGUGCGGGCUGGUGGAGGAGCUCAGGUACUGGCGCCGUGGGCCUCUUCGGCCUCAGCUGCAGCCUGCAGACCACCCAGGCCUACGCCGCCGAGCCCCGCGGGGACACAGCCCACUACGGUGGAGAAGGAGCUUCUUUGCCUGGUUACACUUGCUUCUUGCCUGCUCCUGAGCUGACAAGCCACUGAUGGAGCCAGGACAGGACAAGCUAUGGAAACUCCGCUCUCAGAACAGAAACAGAGAUGUUUGAGAAAUAUUACUUUAGACUGGAACCUAGGGAUUACCGAACGCCACGGUUAUCAGAAUUGAAAAUAUCAUCAGCAGAAUUCUCACAGUUUCGAAGUAGGCGUAAAUCCAAGGCUCGCUUAGGUGACCGUGCAGGCCUCACUGUAGACCAGAAGCUUGAGCUUGUACAAAAGGAGCUGGAAGACACGAGAGAGGAAAUUCGGCACAUGCGGGCUAAUGCAGAACGGGACCUGCAGUACCAUGAGGCUAUCAUUGAGGAAGUUGAUAUUCGAUGGGCUGAAGUUCAGAGAGCAGUGCACGACUUUGAAAAAGAUAUUAUGAAAACCAUAUCCAAGAAGAAAGGGAGCAUUCUGGCCACUCAGAAAGUGAUGAAGUACAUCGAGGAUAUGAACCGCCGGAGGGAUAAUAUGAAGGAUAAAUUAUGUUUGAAAAAUGUUUCUCUCAAAGUUCAGAAGAAAAAGAUGCUUUUACAAUUGAGACAGAAGGAGGAGGUGGGCGAGGCCCUGCACGAUGUGGACUUUCAGCAGUUGAAAAUCGAGAACGCUCAGUUUUUAGAGACGAUUGAAGCAAGGAAUCAAGAACUGAUCCAGCUGAAGCUGGCCUCUGGGGACACCCUGCAGGUCCUCAACACCUACAAAAACAAGCUUCAUCGGGCAAUGGAUAUAUACAACAAUCUGGACAAGGAGAUCUUGCAGAGAAAUGAGCUACUUGGGAAAAUUGAAAAAGAAACCAUACAAGCAGAGGAGGACAGGGCCAAAGCCCAUGCCUUGAACAAUAAGUUACGGAAGCAGCUGGCCGAAUUCCGGGCUCCCCAGGUGAUGAUGUACGUCAAGGAGAAAAUCUUGAAUGGGGAGCUGGAGAAGACCAUCAAGAUGUGGGAGAGGAAGGUGGAGAUCGCAGAGAUGUCUUUAAAGGGAUACCGAAAAGCCUGGAAUAAAAUGAAAACGUCAGAUGAGCAGCUACAGACGGUCGGGUCCCUGGGGAAAUAGCCAGGAGCAGCCCAUAUCUUGCAGACCAAGAAGUGACCCAUUAAAGUACUCUAGUG